UCACGUACCUAGGAAUAAGUGGUGAUCACUGUUUGUUUUGCUCGCGUUAUCAACUGUCGGUUAGAUUACAAAUGAUAUACCUACAUAUAUUGAAUAUUUUCAUUUGGAUUGACUUCAUCGCCCCUGCUAGCAAAUGGUCAAUCAGUUCACUUUGGACUAUCAGCGAGUACGAUUGGAUAAUCCUAUAAGGGAAAGCAGAAAUGGCAAAAUUCGAGCCAACUGAGCAUCAGCAUACGCGUUAUAAUCCCCUGAAUGGACAGUGGAUUCUGGUGAGUCCGCACCGUAUGAAGCGACCUUGGUCUGGCCAGGAGGAACGUGCCCAGCUAAACGAUCUACCCGAGUUUGAUCCGUCUAAUCCCCUGUGUCCCGGUGUUACCCGUUCUAAUGGAUGUAAAAACCCCAUCUACACAUCGACGUUCGUUUUCACGAACGAUUUCCCGGCACUGUUGGAGGACGUUCCAUUGCCCCCGGAAAGUGAUGAUCCGCUGUUUCAAACGGGAGGAGCUCGAGGCACUUGUCGGGUGAUGUGCUUCCAUCCGAAAUCGAACAAGACCCUACCGGUGAUGACUCCGAAGGAAAUUCGCACGGUCAUCGACGCGUGGAUCGCUGAGUUUAAAACACUGGCCAGCAAGUACACGUGGGUGCAGAUUUUCGAGAAUAAAGGCGCCAGUAUGGGCUGUUCGAAUCCGCAUCCCCAUUGCCAGAUUUGGGCCUGUUCGUUCUUUCCCAAUGAGCCUCGCGUGAAGGAUGAAAAGCUAAGGGAGUACUACCAGAAGAAUGGCACCGCUCUGUUGGACGAUUAUACCAGAAAGGAGAUAACGAGAAAGGAACGUGUCGUCAUAGAAAACGCAGAUUGGCUGGUGGUGGUCCCGUUUUGGGCCAGUUGGCCCUUUGAAACCAUGAUAAUCUCUCGGAACGGAAAUCGUCGAAUUUCGGAUCUAAGUCUGCAGCAAAUCAAUAAUCUAGCCAUCGUUAUCAAAGAGCUGACUAUCAAAUACGACAAUCUGUUCAAGUGUUCAUUCCCGUACAGCAUGGGCUGGCACGGAGCGCCAACUGGCGAUUUGAUAGGUCAAGACCAUAGGCACUGGACGCUGCAUGCAAUCUACUAUCCACCGCUGCUUCGGUCGGCCACAGUGCGCAAAUUUAUGGUCGGAUUCGAAUUGCUAUGUCAACCCCAGAGGGAUCUCACUCCCGAGCAGGCAGCCGGUCGAUUACGUGAAUUAUGUGGCAAAAAACAUUACAGCGAACAUAUUUAGGAUUUCUCAUAUCAAAUAGAGCAGUUUGUGAUGGAGUAAUGAUGUUGUUUAUUAGAAAUCGAUGAGCCGUUCGGGGUGAUUGAAUGUUACGCGAACAAACAUCAACAUGAUGAUGAUUAUUAUAUAAACUUGUUUUCCUACGAUUUCCUUACACUCUGUCGCCUCUCGAGGGUUUGCAGUUCAUGUAGCAGAGAUGCGACGUUGUAGCGAAGCCUGUGGAACAUUGAUAAGCUGAGUUCGAAGCUGAGAAAUUCUCCAUCGGUUUUUUGAAUGUGUAGGAUGACCGUGGGGUGCCGGGUCGAGGACCUAAUAAUAGAUGAGAAGCAUUUGUAGGUAAUGGUAGUUAGAAUCAAAUUUGUUAUGAAUUAUGCGACAGUUUGAAGAAUUUCGGGGGAUUCAUCGGUUUUAUGUGAUUGUUGCAUAUUUACAUUACAUUAUUGACAAUAAAAAUGUAUGCUUUAUUGAUUA